GUUUGGCGUGAUUUGAUGCUUUGCUUUGGCAUAAUAGAAAAGCGACCGAUAAUUGGGUAGUGUUAAGACAUGUGGUUGUUCUCUCAUUCCAGUUUGAGAAUAUUUGAAAUAUCUUUUGGUUGCCGAAGUAUAAUUUAUAUAACAAUGGAGAAUAAUCAGGAACCGCGUUGGAUUAUGAAAGAAUAUGAAAAUUUUGAGGAAUAUAUGUGUAAUAGGACAGAUAGAUCAAUGACGCUGGAGAAAUUUGUAAAGAACCUGAAAAUAAAUAUAGUUCAAGAACAAGAUCGAGAAAUAGAAUUUGAUAUAAUUGGCUGUCAUAUUUCGCUAGCUAAUGCAUUUCGCAGGAUAUUACUGAGUGAAGUACCAAGUAUGGCUAUUGAGAAGGUUUAUAUCAUAAAUAAUACUAGCUUGAUUCAAGAUGAAGUACUUGCACAUAGAUUGGGGCUUGUACCUCUUCGUGCAGAUCCUAGAUUAUUCGAAUAUCCUCCGAACGACAAAAAAACAGAUGAUACAGUCAGUGAUAAUGAUACUCUAAGAUACGAGUUGAAAGUUACGUGCAGUAUGAAUCCACAAGCACCUAAGAAUUCUCGUCUUCCAGAGGAUAUGUACAAAAAUAGCAAAGUUUACAGUAAGGACAUUAAAUGGGUACCAAUAGGCCGGCAAGCAGAGAUGUUUAAAGCGGAACAAAUUGGUAUUUUAGAAAACGACAUAUUAAUAUGUAAAAUGCGUCCUGGUCAUGAGAUCCACUUGUUUAUGCAUGCAGUUAAAGGCAUUGGCAAAGAUCACGCUAAAUUUUCUCCCGUAGCUACUGCGUCAUAUCGCCUCUUACCAGUCAUUCAGCUAAUUAAACCCGUGAAGGAUCAAGACGCGGAUCUUUUGAAGAGCUGUUUCAGCCCUGGCGUGAUAGAAGUAGUAGAACAAGAGACAAACUCAGGUCAGAAGUAUCGGGAGGCGCGUGUUAAAAAUGCCCGUUACGAUAGUUGUUCCAGAAACGUCUAUCGUUACGAUCAACUAAAGAAUUGUGUGGAAAUGAGUAGGAUAAAGGAUCAUUUUAUCUUCACCAUAGAAUCUGUGGGAACAUUACCACCGGCCGUGCUAUUCACAGAAGCCGUUAAAGUACUCCAGAAUAAAUGUAAAUCAUUUCUCGCAGAGCUAGCAGACAUAGGAAACUAAAUUUAAGUAAAAUAAUCUCCUUGAUGAGACAAAAAUUAUGAAAAGUGAUAUAAAAAAUUGAUCGUCGAGUAAUCGUCGCUUGCUCUUGUGGACAACAAUAACAAGACCAUGCAAG